AAAUAGUUCAGAUAGGCUAAUGUUGUUUUCAUUAAUGACUUCACUAUGUCCUAUUCAUGUUGCAUUUGUGGUUUGUCUCUUGAGUCAUUGAAGGCGUAUGUUUUGCAUUGCCAACUGCAUCGCAAUGAACCCCGCAUAGUUUUCAAAUGUGUUGAAGUUGGUUGUAAGCGUGUGUUUGCCAAAUAUGUCUCCUUAAAGGCUCACUGCUAUCGCCAUCAUACUGGCAAAUCAGUGUCUUCACAAGGCUUCACUAUGGAAUCCUUGAAAUGCAGUUUCACUUUGUGAGUGCCACUGUGAUAGCGUGAAAGGGUUGGUUGCACAUCUAAAGGAGCACAUAGAUGGGGGAUGUCCAGUGAACUGCCCAGUGGCAGGACGUAAAAUGGUGUUCACUGUAAAAUCUACCUUCACUGCCCAUAUGUCUAGAAGGCACAGGGACUGCCCUGUCAAUGUCAUCAGCAGCUCAUGUGGUAGCGGUAGGUCAACACAUUUUGUUGACUCGUGUCCCUCCACAAGCACCACUGUAACUACAGAGCAACCAGGCUGUCUGUCGGAUAAUGAAGACACUUUAGAACACAGUGGUUUUGAGGAUCUGUAUCUCAGAAAUGUGUGUUUGUUCUACGCAAAGUUACAAGGGCAAUAUUUAGUUCCAACCUCUACUAUCCAGAUCAUAGUGGAAGAGAUGCAGAACAUUCAUGAGUUGGGGCAGACACAUACAUUGAGCAGGCUAAAUGUACUUCUGCAAACACUGGUAUCAGACGAAGUCAGAGGAAAAGUAUGUGAUGCUGUGAAGGAAUCAGACUUGUUCUCAGCUUGCCACACUGGCCCAAUGAGAACAGCCUACUCUAGGACUAAGUGUUUUAGAGAAAUGUUUAACUUUGUGGAGCCCAAGCAACUGUUUUUGGGCAGAGAUGAAAACAGAGAGAAGCGAUUUGCCUACUAUGUUCCAAUCUUGGAGACACUGAAGAAUAUGCUCACAUCAGGGUUUUGGAAGGGACUGAUGUCAGAAAAUCCUCCAGAAAAUUCUCCAGACAUUCUCAGUGAUUGCUGUGAUGGCAAGGUGUUUAAAUCGAACACUUUCUUUCAGGAUUUUCCAGCUUGCCUUAAGUUGAUUUUGUACCAAGAUGCCUUUGAGGUUGUGAACCCCUUGGGUUCAGCUAAAAGGAGACACAAACUUCUGGCUGUGUAUUUCUCCCUACUAAAUUUGCCCCCCCAUAUGCGAUCAACCGUCGACCACAUGCAGCUGGUGCUACUCUGUAGAGAAAAGGAUUUUACAGAAUUUGGCCAUGCCAAAGUUUUCUCUGAGUUGGUAUCUGACUUGAAAAUGUUAGAGGAGAGUGGGAUAACAGCUGAUGAAUCUGUUUUGAAAGGAACUCUCUACUGCAUUGUUGGAGACAAUCUUGGCUCACAUUGCAUUGGAGAGUUCACUGAAAACUUAAGCUCAUCAGAACAUUUUUGCAGAUACUGUCUAAUUUCUCAUUCUGAAUUUCAGACUGACUGCACUUUGUCUGCUGUCCUAGAGAGGAAGAGAAGCUUUGUCCACAGACAGCGUGUGUACGGACGGCAGUAUGUAACGCACGUUGUCUGGUUUCUGAUCGACAAAGCAACUUACUUCCUCACUCACAAUGGCACAAACACAGCAGUAUCUGUCACACCACCUUUGUCCUCAGUGUGUGCAUCUCCACUGCCCAGCCAUAUCUUCCUCCCCAUCGCCCACUUCUUCUGUGACAUCUUUGUCCUCAACAUGCAACACACCAUCCUCUUCAGUCAACUGGAUUGA